AUGCCUGAAUCGCCACCACCAUCCUACAGCCCACGUCGACCACCACCACCAUAUGAAGCCGAUAAUUUGAAAAACGAGCGAAUGGAAAGCGGCAUGGCUGAACAUCACUACAAGGUCUCACCGCCGCCAUUUGUCCCGUUAUCCUCGCCGACAGCCAUCGAUGUCAAUCAGCUUCAGGCGGUUAUAACAAACUCGAGCAGCCAGGCGCCGACGAUUGUAAUUGCCGAAAGCGUAAAACCAGCUCCGUCGUUCGCCAGCUAUGAAACGCAUUGUCCGAAAUGCGCGAGAACCGUUUACACUGUACCAAAAUUUGUGACUGGAACACUUACUUGGAUAAUUUUUGUUUUGAUUGUCAUUUGCUUCUUUCCGCUUGCUUUCACCCCAUUUUGCAUUGACUCAUGUAAAGACGCCGAGCAUUACUGUCCACGUUGUAACACUCUACUUGGCAUCAGAAAGAGAAUCUUCUAA